AUGUCUGGAAGGAAUCAAGAAUUUUUACCUUCCAGCAUUUAUUAUCCAGAAUUAGAUAAAAGGGGAGAUUCUCUGAAUAUUCCUGAUGGUGAAUUAUCCAAAAAAGACAGAGAUUAUAUUGUAGGACGCUUUAGAAAAGAUCAACAACCUUAUAUUUCUUACGCGAGACCUGCAACUCUAAGAUAUAACAUGGGCGAUGAAUUUAAUGGGAUUAUUGCAUGCUCUCCUCACUUUGUUGGCAUAUUUAUUAAAAAAGAUCCAACAUCAGAACCAAAAAAAUCCGUUAUAUUCCACAUUUUCGAUAUUUCAUCUCUCAGAAUUCGCAGAAAGCACAAGAUAUUACUUUUUUGCAGACUUCCUGAGUUGGAUAAGGAUCAUCCAAUUGUAAACUGCAGAGUUAUCUGUAGUACAGCUCUUAUGUUUGCGCAAAUACUCAGACGCAAUUAUCUGAUCUCUACAUGUGCUUUUGAUCCAACAAGAUUGUGUGAUUUCGCAACAUCUUUACCAGAUGAAUUUCCAACCUUCUAUCAUCAUUUAUCUCCUUCACAGCAAUAUCAACAUACAUACUAUGCAUUCUGUUCUCGUCUUACCGUUGAUUACAAUCACGAAAUUGCUGAGUUUUACCAUGAUAGAAUUAAAUAUGAAGAUGGUGUAUUUGAUUUUGGCCUUUUACCACCAGAAUUAACCGAAGAGCAGAUCAUUCCUGCUAUUCUAGCCUUGUACUACGUUCCUUACGUUCACGGAUUGAUUGUUCAUAAGAGAAACAUGCCUUACAUCGCUCGCCGCCUUGCUCCUCUUAUUUCCAAGUCAAAGGGAAUGAGAUUCAUCCACUUGGUCCAAUGUGGAAUCGAUAGCGGAGUCGGAGAAAUUGGAAAUGAGCUCAAAAAGAAUCCUCGCAUCCCAUUGUCUUACUAUAACUUCAGCUACAAUAACCUUAGCGGUGGUGACGGUUUGGAGCCACUUUUCCAAGCAUUUAAGGUAAUUCGACAUUCCGUUUUUUAUUUGAGCAUUGGACGCUGCAAUGUUAACAACCUGCGCACAUUGUUCGAAGCCAUUGCAAAUAAUGAAGUCUUCUUGGACCUCAAAUACCUUUAUUUCAAUGGAAAUUAUUCACCAGAAGCAGAUUGCGAGAUUUUCUGCCAGCACCUUGAAAAUCUUAACAACAAAGGCAUCCACAUCAUUAAAUCACUCGGUAUUGAUGGUGAUACCAAAGGAAUUGUUCGAAUUUUACAAACUUUAGAAAAAUUCCCACAACCAAUUGAAGAAUUAUCAUUUGAAGGUACAAGAAUGCAACAUGAUUCAUCCGAAGCUCUCCUCCAUUACGUCAAACAAGCCACAACUUUGAGGAUUCUCGAUUUAAGCUAUACAUUGAUGGAUCCCCGCCUGAUUUCAAUGAUCGUCUACGAACUCUCUAAGUAUGAGCGCAUUAGAGAUAUUUCCAUUAAGCUCAACGGAAACGAAUUAAAUCGAGAAAAAUUGAUGAUCGUCGCUACAGGAUUUUUGUACUCGGAUUUAAAUGUUUGGACAUCAGUUUCACUUGCAGAUAACAAUCUUACUACAAUUGAGCUUGAUUUCUUGAUUUCAUUCCUCUGGAGAAUGCCAAACCUUGAAGAGCUUGACAUUUCCGAUAAUUUUUCACGCUCCAUGGCCGAUAUCGGACCAGUCAUCAGCAAAAUCAACAAAGAUUACUUCAAGAAACUCAAAAAAUUACGCCUGAGAGGUUCUCCUCGCAAUGGAGGUCCAGCACACCUUUUGUACACUGUUCUUGAUAACUUAACAGCUUAUGAUGACCUUGAAGUUCUUGAUCUUUCUAAUAAUAAUCUUGGUGAGCUCGGUUUCCAGAAAUUGUCCAAAGUAAUCCAAUGCAACAAAAAUCUCAAGACUCUUUACAUCGAUGGAAAUGCUCCUGUUUCCUUGGAACUCGAAAAUUACGUUUUGAAAGAAAUUUACGCCACAGAAUCCAUUGAUUUUUGUGUCUUCCCGAUAUAUGAUGCCAUGCAAGCAGCUCGCCAUUCCCAAAAUCAAGAAGAAUACUUCAAGAACAGGACAAUUGUCAAAAAGAUGCGACAGCAAUGCUCCAGAGAGAUCAACAAGCAUCGUUAUGCACAUGGAUUACCUUCCAAGGUUUCAUUCGAAGCCGUUAAAGAGCUUGGCGAUCUUGUAGACGAAAUUAAGACAUCAAUGCAGAAACUCCUUAAGAAUGUCGAAAAAGCUGUCCACUGCGGUGUCUGUAAGGACAUGGGCGUUACUUUGCCGUAUCUUGCAGAAAAAGAACCAAUCGAAAAUGGUGGUCGUAAAGAAAUUCACGAAAUCGGAAACAACAUCAAGUAUCAGACAGAGAAUCUCAAGAUCAGAAUCUAUGAAGAAGGCGAAUCACACAUUGAUGAUUUUUACUUAUCAGAUCCAGAUUUUCUGAACCCAGAGAAGAAAAAGAAGAAACCGAAACAGGAUAAAUCAGAUGAAUUCAAUUCCGAUAGUGGAAGUGGCCUCAAUCUUGACCAAAUCCCUGGGGACGAUGUUAAUGCAGCAAUGCCGCCUCAAGGACACCACCACAAGCCUAAAGAUGAGAAGAAACCGAAACACAAAUCAGAGAAAAAGUCCAGCCAUACGCAUCCUCCAGAAUCAAACCAAGAAGAUAAUCCUCCGAAGCCAACAACACCUCAGGAUGAUAAACCACCUAAGCCAAGUAAGCCAUCUGACCCUGGAAAAGAUGAUGCACCAAAAUCAUCUUCAAAACCUAGCAAACCAUCAAAUCCUCAAGAUAACGAUGAAGAUAGUGAUAUGCCAAGGAGAAAGCCAACAAAGAAGAGAGCUCGUGACCGAAAAGGAAGGGUUUCAACAAGCUCAAGUUCUUCAACUUCUGAAGAUUUAGUUUAA